AUGGAUGCUUUGCUCUUAAACGGUCUUCCAGCAACUGGAACCAUUAUGAAGAACAGGAUUCCAAAGCAAUGCCAGCUGCCAGGAGAUAAGGAGCUGAGAAAAGAAGGGAGAGGGGCCUCAGUGACGUUGGUCCGGAGGGAGCCUGAGCUGGCAGUGACGAAAUGGUUUGAUAAUAAACCAGUUCUAAUGGCCUCCACUGUCUAUGGGAAAGAUCCAGAGGACAUCUGUAGCAGAUGGUCCAGCAAAGACAAAGGCCAUGUCCAGGUGAGACGGCCAGCAGUAAUCAGAGAAUAUAAUGACAAUAUGGGUGGCGUAGACCUCUGCGACCGCAUGCUGAGCUUCUACCGCAUGUCAACUAGGACCAAGAAGUGGACAUCACGUGUGAUGACACAUUUCUUUGAUGUUGCCAUCACAAAUGCUCUGGUCCAGUACAAGUCUGACAGUAAAGUGCUGAAUCGACCUGCUAAGAACACACAGCAGUACCUCGACUUUAAAUUGCACCUGGCAGAAGAGCUGAUGGAUAGUGCUUCAUUUGAGGACAGCAGUGAAGACAGUGAGGAAGAGUAUCAGCCACCAGCCAAAACAAGGCUCCCACAACCAGAGCCAUCUGUACGCAGACUAGGAUCCAGGCACAUGCCAGAGAUGAUGGACAUCAAACAUGCAGUAAGAUGCAGGAACAAGGGCUGCAAUGGCAAGACAUUCAUCAGGUGCACCAAGUGCAAGAUGUUUCUCUGCAUCACCAAACAGAAAACAUGCUUCAAGGAUUAUCACAGCUAA